AUGGUCAUCGCUGCAACCAAGAUAAUGAUGUACAUCGUGAGCAUCGUCAACAUUAUCACAAAUCACAUGAACGUGACCGGCAUCGUCACAUCGGGCGACGGUCGCCUGAAGAAGGCCACUCCACUUGUAGACAACGUUCGCGUCGGUCCAGUGGUGACAUCACCAAGGUUGAAGCAUGGUCCAGCAAAUAAUGGUCCAAUACAAGUCAAGGAACAUUCCCCCUUUUCGCGCACUUCCACCAGCCCUCAUUCACGUGUAGUCGCUGAGGUAAAUAGCCGUGUGAAGAGUGGCACGGAUUCGAUUGGCAGUUUUUCUCCACCUCUCAUGGCAUCGCCACCUUCUCCCACUUCAUCGUUUGGAAAUUCGCUUUUUGACGGACAAGCACUUCAAUCGAGGACCCUAGCCGCUUCCCCAAGCGACGUCUAUGUGCCAGAACUCCUGCACCUUCCUGCCUGCCAGCCCGCUACAAAUCACGCCGCCACGGUACCAGCGGUUGCGCUGAAUUCUCAUGAUGCGCCCCAAUCGUCACAGAAAGUAGAAGAGGAAGAGGACAUGGUUCCCAUGGAUCUCGCUUCGAGCCUCUCCGCCCAUCAAAGCCCCGCGAUCGACAAAGAACCAACUCAGCGCCCCUCCACACCACCUCUUCCACCUCAACAAGGCGAACAGCCAGCUAUGGACACGAAGGGGUAUGUUAAACUCGGUCUUUUUGCUUCUGUGCAUAUGAAUUUUUUAAUCGAUUUGGCAGAAACUAGUGGGCUCAAGACAGCACAAAAGGGCGUUGUUAUCUGA